GACGUUUUAGUUCUCGUUGUUGCGAUGACGGCGGCGCACGUCACCUCGCCUGCCCCGCUCCGCUACGUACCGACGAUCGCGAUACACAACUAAUAAAUCACGGGGACUGAACAAAGUAAAAUCCUGACGGAGAGAUUAUAACUCGAUAUGAGAUAACAACGCACGACUACGGUGAUUAAUUGCCAAAAGUCCGUUCAACUCCGAUGAUUCGAAUUUCGAACGGAAGCGUAAUCUCGCCGGGACUAGAUUUAGAUGCGUAAUGUAAACAGAUAAACAUUGUUGAAGAUUUCCGGAGAUGAUUGUUUGAUUUAACGCAUACUGUACAGAUAGAGUUAGGUAGUGUGUGUGUGGAUGUGAGCGGGUAGGUAGGACUGGUCAGGAUGACCGGGCAGGGGCAGUGGAUUUCGGGGCUGGUAUGGGUUGUGCUGGCGACGGCACUGGCUGACUCCUGGACAGCUUACCAGGAGCAACCCUGCUGCAGACCGGUGUCGCACCACCGCAUCCGACACCAUAGAGAUCACAUACGCGAGUUUUCCUGCGGCAACCUUUUCUAUCGAACGCUGUAUAUGAAUGAAGAAAGAAAUACGCUUUAUGUCGGUGCUAUGGAUCGAAUAUUUAAAUUAAAUAUGACUGAUAUUAGUCAGUCACAUUGUGAGAGGGAUGCGUUGCUGUUGGAAGCGAGCAAUGUGGCUCGAUGUGUAAGCAAAGGCAAAUCAGAGCCGUUUGAGUGCAGGAACCACAUUCGAGUGCUUCAGCCACUCGGCGACGGGGACCGCUUGUAUGUGUGCGGGACCAACGCACACAGCCCCAAGGACUUGGUCGUGUAUCUAAACCUAACUCACCUGCCCCGACACGAGUACGUCCCAGGCGUGGGUCUCGGGGUCGCAAAGUGUCCCUACGACCCGGCGGACAAUAGCACGGCGGUGUGGGUCACGCGGGGCAACCCCGGCGGCCUGCCAGCUCUCUACGCCGGCACCAAUGCGGAGUUCACUAAAGCGGACCCGGUCAUAUUCCGCAACGACCUAUUUGAUUUUCGAACAGGUCAAAAGAGGUUCAAUUUCAAACGGACGCUCAAGUACGACUCCAAAUGGUUGGACAAAACCAAUUUUGUGGGGUCAUUCGACGUCGGGGAAUAUGUCCUAUUCUUUUUUCGGGAAACAGCAGUGGAGUUCAUGAACUGUGGCAAAGCAGUGUACUCUCGUGUUGCCAGGGUAUGCAAACAAGACACAGGCGGCAAGCACAUACUGAGCCAAAACUGGGCUACUUAUUUGAAAGCCAGACUCAACUGUAGUAUACCGGGAGAAUUCCCCUUCUAUUUCGACGAAAUACAGAGCGUGUAUCAAAUGCCGGGCGACCCGAGUCGGUUCUAUGCUGCAUUCACUACCGGGGCCAGCGACGGGCUAAUCGGCUCCGCAAUUUGUACGUAUACUAUGGACGACAUUCAAGAGGCAUUUGCCGGCCGAUUCAAAGAGCAAGCGACUUCAAGUUCGGCGUGGCUGCCUGUACUCAGAGCACGAGUGCCCGAGCCCAGGCCUGGGACGUGUGUCAACAGUACAGAAGCAUUACCUGAUAGCGUACUUAAUUUCAUAAGAUCCCAUCCGCUAAUGGACUCGGCCGUGAGACAAGAGGGCGACGCGCCGGCCUUCUACAAACGGGAUCUAGUUCUCACCACUCUGGUAGUGGAUCGACAGUUUGUUGACAUGCUCGGGGACGACAUUACUUAUACAGUCAUCUAUGCUGGCACCAGUCAAGGCGAAGUGUACAAAAUAGUGCAGUGGACGGGAGGCGGAUCUCGAGUGGCGGACAUUUGGCGCGCGGCGGGCGACGAGCCGGUGCGCGCGCUCGCGCUGUCUCGCCAGAUGCACGCGCUUUACCUCGCCACGGACAACCGCUUGAGACAACUGCCAUUGCGAGCUUGUGCUCACCGAUACGACAGUUGCGUGCGCUGCGUCCUCGAUCCGUACUGCGGGUGGGACAAGGAAGUGGGCGCGUGUAGGCCGUACGCCCCCGGCCUCCUCCACGAUGCGACCAACUCCACACCAUCAAUCUGCGAGGCCAGCGCUCCUCUCCGCACCGUACGGGCGGGCUACGGCCAGAGUGUGCACCUGGCGACGUUUGGAAAAACGCCAGAAGCGCUAAAAGAUCAGAUUGUGGCUUGGUACCACCAUUCCAGGGAAAGAGGUCGCUACAAAAUCAGUUAUAAUUGGGACAGAGUGCUGCAGACUUCAGAAAGGGGGUUAGUUUUGCUGUCGGUGACUGAAUCAGACCGUGGGCGUUAUGAGUGCUACUAUGGACCCACUCUCGUCGCUUCCUAUAACCUGGACAUUGACAUCCACAGGUGUACGCAGCCCAACAAAUCCCAGGAGUACAGGCAAGUGUACUCUGAUUGGUGUCACGAGUUUGAAAAGUACAAGAGCGCCAUGAAAGCUUGGGAGACUCGGCAAAUGCAAUGCUCCAAAACUAUGAAUGCAUCGAGCCAGCAAAACAGCAUGAGCAACGAGAUCGUCGCGUCGCUGCGGUGAUAGAGUACAUCCUGUAGAUUAAUGAGUGAUUACACCCGAGCCGACGUCAGCUAUCCGAUAUUGCGCCUAGACCGCCUCUGGGCCUCACGUUUCAAUCACGUUACCUAUGAGUAUCUUUAUUACGUCCAUGGCUACUUUACACUGAUCUAAUACCGUGAAGCAUCUGUUAGUUCAGAACUGGAGAUUGCCUUUCAAAGUUUGUAUUGAGAGCAAUUGUUAGAUACAAUUCUCCAAUAGCUAUGCUCGAUUUUAUAAAAAGAGAAAGAUAAUUACGUUGGUAACUAUGGUAUGAUAUGGUUUUAAUUAAAUAAUAAAAUAAUGAUUUUAGGUGUAGAGCACCUAACGUCCGGAAGCGUUUGUUUUUCGUGAAGUGUUUUUAAUUAAUAGAAAGAAAUUUAAACGUAAAAACCAUUCAAAUACUGUUUUAAAGUAAUAAUUAGUGACUGUAUUGUAUUUGAUGUAUGAGAAUUGACAUAGACUUGUUUUUAUAAUCAUUUCGUUCGGUAAUAAUACAAAAGAGAACAUCAAACUAAACAACCCAUCAACAAUACCAUACAAUAAAAGGUUUCGAAAACUUUUUCAAUAUAUUAUUGCGUACCAGUAAAUGAUUAUUACAAUGUUGUGCGGUGAUUGACAUGAACAUAAAUGAUGAAGACAGCGUGAGUCGGCCAUUUGUAAACUUAUGGUUACAGAGCUAGGGGAAAUAUAAUUCGGUAAAGGAAUGAUCUGCGAAAAUAGAUAUGUCGGUUACGCAGACUGCGUUUGUUGAUUGAUGGCCAGCAUUUGUUUGACUUGUGCUGCAACUCUGUGUUUCCUCUCCGGAAUUAAACUGGCUUUGUAUUUUAUCACAUUCAGUUCUGUAGGCUUUUAAUGUAACUCGGUGUACCAUUGAGUUAAUGAGUCACUGCAACGUUUUUCAUCAUAUUUUUCUUUAUGCAAGAGACGAAUAUCUUAGCAUUCCAUCUAACAUCGUAUUUUCAACGAAAUUACAUAAGUAUAUUCAUUUUACGUAAAGUGGUAGUAAGAAGUAGUAAGAUUAUUUCAAUGAUAAACCGUUAUUUACGUAAUUUCGUUGAAAUAAUCAGCCCAGUGGAUAUGACCUCUGCCUCCGAUUCCGGAGGAUGUGGGUUCGAAUCCGGUCCGAGGCAUGCACCUUUAACUUUUCAGUUGUGUGCAUUUUAAGAAAUUAAAUAUCAUGUGUCUCAAUCGGUGAAGGAAAACAUCGUAAGGAAACCUGCAUACCAGAGAAUUACCUUAAUUCUCUGCGUGUGUGAAGUCUGCCAAUCCGCAUUGGGCAGCGUGGUGGACUAUGGGCCUAAAAAAUCAUGUCACUUGAUGUAAAAUGAUGAUGAUGAUGAGAUCAUUUCGUUGAAAUAAUUACAUUAGAUGAUCACAAUUACGAAAAUACGAUAAAAAACGAUGUAGUGACUUACUAUUUCAAUGGUACAUCGAGUUACAUAAUAACCCUGCUGGAGUUCAUAUGACACAAAUAACUGUAUGUAAUGUUGAUUGGCACAAUUAAAGAUUUAUGAUCGUUCUGCGAGGGAGGAUUGAGUUUCACAGAUCGAUUUGCCGUAAUCACUAUUAGCAAAUUACUCUCAAGUGAUUCUGCUUUUGAACUAGUAGUGAAAUUAUAUCAAGUCGUGGAUUUCGAUUGUUUAGUAAUGCUUUUGAUAACUAUUAUGAGAACGCUGUUUGUUAGAAGUUAUCGAAUAAGUACUUCUUUUUGUACUUGUACCAAUAAUAGUUAGACGCAAAGCAUAUAUCGUAAUAUCGGAUAGCUGGUUUUUCGAAAUAGUUGUAAUUAUAAUCAAAAGUACGAUUGUUGAAAGCGACUGAGUAAAAAAGUAGAAUAAGCUUAUCACCGACUACUUACCUGAAAGUUCAACUUAUUGAAUGAUUUGUGUAAAUAUUUCGUAAAAUGGGGAUGGUGAUAAUCCAUGAAAUACAAAAUGCUGUGAUAUCAGUUUGCGUUGAAGUGUUCCAAUAAUGGAUUGUGUAUGAAAUAUUUAUUUAGGACGUUUGUAAAAAAAAUAAACUUUUUUUUCUAUUAUCGUUUAUAAAAUGUGAUAAAAGUUAUUAUGGAUUUUAGUUGAUUUAAGUUUAAUUACUAUCUAUGUUUUUUGUCGAUAAAUAUCUAGUUUAUAAGCCUACGUUUCACUCACGUCCAUUCAGAGUUUCUUCUAUAAUUCUAUAGCGAUGAGCAAUACAAACGCCAAUUUAGGUUAGGUUAUAGGGUUAGGUUAAUGAAUAUAAAAGCUUAUUUAUAUAGAAUCCGAGAGCAUGACUGCUACAGCAUUUACGUACAGCUCGUGCGGAUUAACUUGACACCUGGGACCUUAGCCAUGUCGAUUUCUACAAACGCUAACGCUUCGUAAAUUAACAAAAUGUAUGGGAAUGACAGAUCCAAUCGACAACUUGAUCACGUGACUUUUCGAAAGUGAAUGUCAUUCCCAUAUAUUUUUAAAUUUUCGAAGCGUUACCGUGGCUACAGGCCCUGGCUCGAAUGAUGUUUGUACUGUGUUCGUAUGGAUGUAUUAGGUACCCAGGUCUCAAGUUAACGCGCACGGGUUAUAUCUAGUUAUAGUUUUGUUAAAAAGAGUUUACAUGGUUGCGUGCUAGAUGUUCUGUGUUACCGGAGUAGGCACAUGUUUUUGCUUUGUUUCUACUUUGCGUUAUAAAUACCAUGUUGAUUUAUAUUGCCAUAAAAUGUAAUUUUAGGCCCAUUUCGGAGUUCCAAACCGAAUUUAAUAGUAAUUGUUCGAAUUGUUUCCGUUUUGUUACUAGGUAAUCUCGCUAGAAUAGUGCCUUGAGAAGCAUGCUUAUAGAAUAUUUAAAAUUAAAAAUGUAAUGAGAUAAAUUGACUAAUAUUUUUGUGCGUUGUGUAAAGACAUUUUGCGUAGUUCGUAAGUAUUUCACUUAGUAAGUCGAAAAUAAAGCAAUAACCUUCCAUGAAUAGAGUCGCCAGUAUUAAAUAAUUUGCAUCGGAAUAAUAAAUUAAUGUUAAAGUUAUUGUUGGAAUGCAGUGAAUGCUUAAACUUUUUUGUAAUAUUGUUAUUAACUUUUUAAAGCUACCUUGUUAUACAGUCGAUUUAUGGAAGAAGAAAAAUUAUUAUUGUAAGUUAAUUAAUGUAAUUAAUUAAUGAUUUUGUAAUUUGUAACUGUAGCACAAAUUAUUUGACUUUUUUUUUUAAUUUAGUAUACUUACCGCACAAAACUUGAUUUGUUAAAUAAUUCGUUUAAAAAUGUAUUUUGUUUCAUCUUUAAAGCUAAUUAAUAUUUUACAUUAUUACUUGAGUAUAGAACUUUAAGAUACUCGUAGUAAGGAACUGCUUACUCACUAGUAUAAGUACCUAUAUAUUAAGGCAGCAUAUAUGCUUAAACAUAAAUACCGACCAUUGUUUUUGUACUUACAAAUAAAUACAACAGUACAGUUCUCACAAAAAAUAUUGUACCUAAUGUUAAAUCAGUAAAUCAAUAUAUCAAUACAAAAUAAAUAGUACUCACAAAGAUGAAUUUGGCAGGGAGGUACCGCUGUAGUGGCAAAGAACCCAAAUCUAAACUUUACUGCUAACUCUUGAACCACAAUGUAAAAUGAUUAAAAUUUUUGUUGUAACAUAUUACACACAAUGUAAUACAUAAUUUUUGGAUUCGAUUGCCGGAAAAUAAGUACACCAAUGAGCCGUGAUAGCCCAGUGGAUGUGACCUCUGCCUCCAAUUCCGGAGAGUGUGGGCUCGAAUCCGGUCCGGGGCAUGCACCUCCAACUUUUCAGUUGUGUGCAUUUUAAGAAAUUAAAUAUCACGUGUCUCAAACGGUGAAGGAAAACAUCGUGAGGAAACCUGCAUAACAGAGAAUUUUCUUAAUUCUCUGCGUUUGUGAAGUCUGCCAAUUCGCAUUGGGCCAGCGUGGUGGAUUAUUAGCCAAACCCCUCUCAGAGGAGACUCGACCUCAGGAGUGAGACGAAUAUGGGUUGAUAACAAAAAAGUACACCAAUGCAUGUUGUUUCGAACAUGCACCAUUUUCUAUUUUUUAUAUGAUAAUUAUGUUUACUUCUCAUUCCACGCAAAAUUAGGUACUUACUUGAAGUAUUUUCUAAUGAAAUUUAAAAUCGAAAUAUCGAGUACGACCAGAGAUAUCAUGAUAUCAAGUCAAAAUUUUAUUAAAUUUGACAAUUUUAAAUUAAGACAUUUUCAUUGUUUAUUUCAAUGUCCGACACUCAAAUCCAAUAAAACUGUAUUACAUCGUGUGUGAAAUGUUACAACAAUCAUUUAGGUACUAUACAUUGUGGUAGACAUCUUCGCUAAGCGCAAUCCUAUAGUAAAUACAGCCCCUCUAGCCAAGUGGCAUGUCAACUCUCUUUCUACGAUCGCCAACGCUUCGCAAACUAGUAAGAUGUAUGGGAAUGACAUUUGCUAUCGACAGGUCACGUGAUCAAGAUCUGUCAUACGUUUUUCUAGUUUUCGAAGCGUUAGCGAUCGUAGAAAGAGAAUCGACGUGCCACUUGGCUAGGGGGGCUGUAUCGAGAUGGAAGUCCUAAUAUACUACAAUAGCGACACAACACACGCAUCUUGUGUGUAAGCAGCUCCUAACUAUGGAUUCCUAUUAUGAUUACAACUCGCAUUAAGAUUAAAUGAAAUUGUAUUCGAUUAUUAUACGAGAGAGCGCAUAUUUAACAAGUUCAAUUUAUUUUCAUAUUGCAAGAAAAAUAUAUAAUUAUUAUGGUCUGUGUAAAAAAAAUAUUAUGUAGGUACCUAUUGUAUAUAAAAUUGAUUUGUUUUGGUAGACAGAUCCCAAUUAUAUAGGUAAAAUACAUUUAUUGUAAAGAUUUACUAUAAGCUAGUUUGAGCAGUAUUGUUUUAUAAAAAGGAACACAAAAUAAAUUAUUUUAGAUCUAAAA